CCCCUGUCGCUGACGUCAAAUCUCUUGUGAUCUAAUAUAUAACACUCUCACAUCCCUUCAUCUCUGAGAUCAAACCCUUCCCCCGCCCAUAGAUAAAAUGCAUAUCCAAUUCAUAUCCAAAUUAAUUCAUCAAUGCCAGCUCCCACGAAUAAAACACAAGUACGAUGUCGACAUGCAAGAUCCUUCGUGGCUGGUAACAUUCUGAACAUUCCUGAAGCUCACAGGACCACACCCAUUCCCUUCCCACCCAGCCAUCAUACCUGGGCCACUCCAGACUUUCAUUUCCAAUAGCUAUACGGCUUCUAUUUUGUACCCGAUCAUGUAUACAUUCCACGGAAAAAAAAUCCAAUCUCGAUACUCCAUACUAUGCGGAGCAUAGGGUGGUGGGUGGUGUUCCCGCCCUUUCUAACAGCCCACGUCUGGAAUGAAGCCAUCGUGAGAAAAGAUCCCGAUCCCCCCGAUCGUCCCGAUUUCCAGUAUGGUACGUAUAUAAGGAUCGCAAAGAGGGCGAGAAUCGCAGAUUCGGGUGUCUUUUCUCAUUGACAAUCGAGCUUUCACACCAUCUGCUGUAUCCCCACAUACUGCAUACUGGAUCCAACUACAUCUUGCAGAAGACUAGAACUAAACCAACGCAUACACCCGAUUCACCAUGUCGGGCUUCAAUGGCCUAUUCCAGACGGUGACAGUCUUCAUCGCAUUUAUACUCACCCUCCUAUGUCUCUUCGCAGGGACGCAGAGAAACUUCCUCGAAGAUGUGGAUCUCUUGACGCUUUAUACACCCGCAGUCAGUAAAGACAGUGGAGCCCGCGAUUUCUAUUCCGUCCAUGCCAUGUCCUACUGCCAGGGAACACUGGUAACAACCGACUCCGGUGCAGAAGUCACGCGCAACGUGACCGAAUGCUCAAACCGCACGCUUCUAUCCUCAUUUGACCCGACACAAGCCUGGCCGAAGGAGAUCACCUCCAGCGGGAAUAUGGGGUGGCCGCGCGUGAUCAGCGAUGACUUCCACGCCUUCAUCAUGACAAGCCAAGUCAUGGCCGUGAUGUACUGUAUCGGAGUUGGCGCGAUGGGUGCUGCGAUGCUGGUACGAGUAUGGGCGACUCUCGCUCCACGCGCAUCCCAGGGCCUGUUUGAAUUUUGGUUUUUCGUGCUCGGAUUUUCUAGCAUCAGCAUCGCAUCCGUAAUCGCAACCGUCAUCGCCUUUGAAUUCGUCGCUCUAAUUAAUGCUCACGGCAAGGGCUCGGACGUGUCAGCCCAGUACAGCGAGAAAUUCCUCGGGAUGAGUUGGGCCGCGGUGGGGCUGUUACUUGCCGGUAGCCUUGCUUCCUUUGUGAAUGUCUUUGUUAACAAACGGGCUGCGGGUGCGCCUGCGCCCGUCUCAAAGGAUAUAGAGGGGUAAUCAGCACCCAAAAGUAAACAAGAGAGGGAGCGGUGAUGGUAGCCAGUCGGAGAGCGCAGUUUCGGACGGGGGGCGGACAUCGGAGAAACUCGCGAAAUCGAAUAUAAUCCAUCCCAUAGAAGAUAGAGAGCCAUUUAUGAAUCGAACGAUACCACCUUAAGAUUAUCCCGCGUAACCAAUAUAGAGUCGUAGA